AUGAAUGAGUGUAGGGUCAUAGUUCGAAUGUUGUUCGCUGUCAUAGCACUGUCACUUCUCCUAGUGAACGUCGGCGCUGAGCCGGAAUGCCUCACCUACCAUGCAUUGGGUGGAUUAUAUAAGGAAUUCAAUAUGCGCUACAUCAAUCCUGAUCUGGAGUAUGACCCUACACUCAUUCAUGACGCCUGCGACGAAGCGAAGAAUCCAGGAACCACUACUAUACCUAAUAAAUUCACGGGAGAAAGGACUUUCUCAAGUAGCUCAAGACCAUCACUGGAAUCCAAAGUACGCUUAGCCCUUAUGGCUGGCUUAAAGGAAAAAGGACAACUGAAUAGAGUGAGUCCGUUCUCCAGCAAGAAAAAUAAUAACAGCGUUCUGCGAAUACCUAUUUCAAAAAUUUCUUUUUGGACAAACGUGUUUUGUUUUUCCUCUAUUUCUGGCUAA